AUGGGUGCAGCUGAAGUAAUGCCUGAGAACCCUAUGCAAGCAGUUCCUAUCCUUUCAAGAGAGAGCAGUUUUUCAUCUUCACCUAGAAGGUUGGAAGGCAAGGUUGCUAUCGUAACAGGGGGUGCGAGAGGGAUUGGUGAAGCAACGGUGAGAGUGUUCGUGAAGAACGGUGCAAGGGUAGUAAUUGCGGAUGUUGAGGAUGCAGUUGGCACAAUGCUGGCGGAGACCUUGGCCCCUGCAGCCACGUACGUGCACUGCGACGUUAGCGUGGAAGAAGAGGUUGAGAAUUUGGUGAGUUCAACAGUUUCUCGCUACGGCCAAGUGGACAUUAUGUUCAACAACGCAGGGGUGUUGGGGAACCAGUCCAAGAACAAAAGCAUUGUGAACUUUGACCCCAACGAGUUCGACCGUGUAAUGCAAGUGAACGUGAAGGGCAUGGCCUUGGGGAUCAAGCACGCUGCAAGGGCCAUGAUUCCUAAGGGCAUUGGGUGCAUCAUUUCCACUGCCAGUGUUGCUGGGGUCAUGGGGGGACUUGGCCCACAUGCUUACACUGCCUCAAAGCAUGCCAUUGUGGGGCUCACUAAGAACACUGCUUGUGAGUUGGGAAGGUAUGGAAUAAGGGUCAAUUGUAUUUCACCCUUUGGGGUGGCCACCAACAUGCUUGUGAAUGCUUGGAGAAGUCGUGGUUGUGAUGAGGAAGAGGGUGAUGAUGAGGGUAUCAAUUUUGGGUUGCCCUUUCAAGAGGAGGUUGAGAAAAUGGAGGGGUUUGUAAGAGGGCUUGCCAACUUGAAAGGAGCAACUCUAAGAGCCAAAGAUAUUGCUGAGGCUGCACUCUAUCUUGCUAGUGAUGAAUCCAAGUAUGUCAGUGGUCAUAAUCUUGUUGUGGAUGGUGGAAUCACCUCUUCAAGAAAUUGCAUUGGUUUGUAG